AUGGACCCUAAAUCUGGGAUCAUGGAGCUGGAGACCAAGCCGGGAGCUCUGGAUCGAUUUGGCAAUUAUGAACACCAGGAGAAGCUGACUCGCCGCUUGCUGUUGAAGCUGGAUUUUCGGAUUCUGCCUAUACUCGCUCUCCUUUUCCUCUGCUCAUUCCUCGAUCGGACCAACGUUGGAAAUGCCAAAAUCAUUGGCUUGGAAACGGAUCUCAACAUUACCGACCACCAAUACGACAUUGGAUUGACUGUCUUUUAUCUGUUUUAUGUCUGCAGUGAGCUCCCGAGUAAUCUCGUGCUCAAGAAAGCGUCCCCGAAAUUAUGGCUGCCGUUCCUGACCAUCGUGUGGGGGAUUAUCACCAUGUGCUUGGGCUUUGUACAGAAUUAUGGUGGAUUCGUGGCCGUUCGCGCUCUGUUGGGCAUUGCGGAAGGUGGACUGUUACCGGGCAUGGUGCUGUAUCUGUCUUCCUUCUAUAGGCGGACAGACUUGGCUCUCCGCAUCGGUCUGUUCUAUACCGCCGCAUCUUUGUCAGGCGCUUUUGGAGGUCUUCUUGCCCGUGGACUCGCAGAAAUUGCUCCGCGAGGAGGAUUGGAGGGCUGGAGGUGGAUCCUUAUCAUCGAGGGCCUCCUUACCUUUGCAUGCGGCGCGCUGAGUUUCUUCCUCCUUCCCAACUCUCUGGAGUCGGCGUCUUUCUUGACAGCCGAAGAGAGGGAGUUUGGUCGCGAAAGAUUGAUGUUAGACAAUCCCGUAAGCGUGGAUGGAAAUUUGGCUGCCGAGGAGCAAUCAUUCAUGUGGUCGGAGGUGCGACGAGGCAUUUUCUGUGUGCAACUCUGGCUCUCAGCGUCUGCUUAUUUCUCCAUUUUGUCUGGUCUUUACUCAUUUGGUCUAUUCCUCCCAACCAUCAUCAAAAAUCUUGGAUUUGCCAAAGAUGCAAAUGAAGUCCAGUUGUGGUCUGUCAUUCCUUAUGCAGUGGCAGCCGUCGUUACAGUCAUUGUGGCCUUUAUAUCGGAUCGUCUACACCUUCGAGGCGUGGUCAUGCUGUUUACAUUGCCCAUUGCCAUUAUUGGCUAUGCUGUAAUUGCAAACGUUGACUCCCCACACGUCCAAUAUGGCAUGACCUUUCUCAUGGCGACCGGGCAGUAUGCUAGUGUUCCAUGUAUCUUGGUGUGGAUGUCAAACAACUCGGCGGGUCACUAUAAACGAGCCACCACGUCAGCACUGCAGUUGGCCAUCGCGAAUUGCGGAGGGUUUGUUGCAACUUUCAACUAUCCUAGCAAGGAUGGCCCGCAGUUCCAUCGGGGACACACCAUUAUCCUUGGAUUACUCGUCUUUGCGUGGUUUAUCAGGAUCCUAUUCAAUGUCCUUUACUGCGCCAAAGUCAAUCGUGAUAAACGGAAUGGCAAGUAUGAUCAAUACGCAGGGUAUAAUGACGACCGCAACCCGGAGUUCAAGAUGGUGUUGUGA